AUCUACUUCAUGCUGAUUUGUGUGUACCAUUCUUGAUCGCCACAUAAACAAUGUUUUCUAUCAAGCUGUUUAGCUAAUAAAAACUGUGCAAUGCAAGAGAAUGCAGAAUUCCUUAAUAUAAGCAUUUUAAGUUUAUCGGUACUUACUAGAUUACCUGGAAAGAGUGCAGCAGCUGGCAGCAGAGAGAUCGGAUUUGGAAAAUUGCAAAGAACAAGCUAAAGAAAGAUGAUCGCUGGGAACAAUCAGAGGCAGAUCGGCGCUUUUUUCUCCGGUGGCGCCACGGGUGUACCAUCUGCCUUGAAGAAGAAUGCAUGUACUGCUGAGAGGAUGCAGGCCCUCGUUGAUCCCACGACGCUCCAUGUGCAGAAGGAGAGUGAUCCAGAGUGGGAGAACUUGCCCCCCUCUCCAUACCCUUCAUGUGUACCAGAGACCCCAGACAGCCAGAUUCGCACCUCUCUUCCUGUUCCAGAGCAUACAAGCAAAGCCCAGGUGCCUGUCCCAUGCAGCCUAAGGUCACAGGCUUUUGGUCUGCAAAAGUCUCUUACAGCCAGAAAGUUUUUGCUGUCUCCCAGAGGGUGGAGGACACCCUUAGGCCCUGCUUCACUGGGCAGUCAAAAUGGUGGGGUGCUGAGCACGAGGAGACUGCUGAGUGACUUUGGGGGGGUGCAGAAGAAUGUGCAAAGUAGGCCUCUGAGUGCUGGGGGUUCCCCGAAGCUUAGGGGAGACAGCGCCUUCGGAGUCCCUCUGAAGGCUGUCAGGGCAUCUGCUACAACGCCAGUGAAGCGCAAGUCCAGUGAGGACGAGUGGGUUGCAGAGCAAAAACGCAAGCAGAUCCUCCGUCAGUACAGGACAGAGGGUAUCCCUGAGCCUGUUCGCACACCCAUUCAGACCAAUAGGGAAGAUAAUGUGCUUUCCCUGCUGGACCAGCAACUAACUGACACGGGUUCGAAAAGCCACAGUGGUGCCCCCGAUGGAGGGGAGGGUGUCCCCAGGGGCAGUGAGGGGAACCACCUGCACAUGCCACUUAGUGGGGGAGGUUUGGGGGAUACUUGCCCAUCAAGCAACAGAGAUUUGGCAGCCAGCGAAGAUGCACUAACAGGCUUAGAGGAUCUUCUGCAAGAUGAAAGCUUCUGGUCAGAUGACAAGAUGGAAGCAGAUCAGCUUGAUGCAAACAAACUGAGAGCUAUUCCAAAUGAUGUCAUCUUGUCAACCGGGCUGCACAAUAGGUACUGGGUUCUGGAUGUGCAGGAAGUUGUCACUCCCAAAGGUGACUUGGAGAAGCAUCUGAAGAUCACAGCUUCAAAGAUCAUGCACCCUACAGAGAGCUGUGUGCUGAAGGAAGGAUGGGAAUCCACGUCUGUUGCCAUAGGAGACAUCGUUCAUCUGGAGGGGGAGAGUGACCGUGGAAAUUGGUUCAUUGGGAGGGACUCCGGUUUCUUGGUCCUGCAACCUGAUGUUCUGAUCUCCUGCACCAGUAUCUCCAACAGCAUCCGCUGCAUGAGGCGGGCAGUUUUCUCUGAGAGAUUUAAGGCCUUUGAUGGGGGCUCUAAGCAGAUGCUCAAUGGCACCAUGGUCCACGAAAUCUUCCAGAAAGCAGCCACCUCAGGGGGCUUCCACCCACAGAGACUCCAGCAGUUGUUGGAAGAAGCCAUGCUGGGUCCCGCUUUCCUCAGGGAAAUGUACAGUCUGAAGCUCAGCCAGGCAGACAUGCGGAGGGAGGUGGAGGAGUAUCUCCCGUCUCUGGGCAAAUGGGCCAGUGACUACCUGGCCUCCUCGGCACAGGCUGGGAAAAAGCAGCUCAUGGUCAAGCUGCCGGGGGAGUGUCACCAGGGCACCGCCUGCCACGUCACAGUCACGGAUAUUGUGGAUAUCGAGGAGAACAUCUGGUCGCCUCGCUUCGGCCUCAAAGGAAAGAUCGACGUGACAGCGCGCGUGCAGAUCCAGCGGCGGGGGCGGGAUCAGGUCGGGGGGCGAGGCCGGGAGGGUGUGGUGCCUCUGGAACUGAAGACUGGCAGGGAGUCCAACUCCAUCGAGCACCGCAGUCAGGUGAUCCUGUAUAACUUGAUGAGUUCUGAGAGGCGUGAGGCAGCAGAAAUGGAGGCAGGCUUCCUGCUGUACCUGAAGACGGGUAGCAUGCAUGCCAUCACGGGGAGUCGCAUGGACAAGCGAGAGCUCCUGAAGCUGAGGAACACAUUGGUAUAUCACCUCGUCAGCAGUGUUAAGCAUGGAGGGGCUGGAGGCCCAUACCUUGCACCACUGCCCAACAUCGUCACGGACCAGCAGGCCUGCAGAUUUUGCUCGCAGAAGAGGAAUUGCGCCGUCUACAGCAGGGCCAUGGAGGAUGGCAAAGGGGGUAGCUGCGGGUCUCAGCCCUCCUUCGUGGAGGCAGAGACCCAGCACCUGCGGGACGCCCAUCUGCACUACUUUGCACACUGGCUGCUGCUCUGCUCCUUGGAAGCUGAGGCCCCGGAGGGCAGGGGACACCGACAAGGCAUUUGGCUGCAGGAGGUGCAGGAGAGGGAGGCCCAUGGCUGCUGCAUGGGUGACCUGGUGCGGGUGGGCGAAGCCAUGCCCACAUCGGACCACAUGUUUGCCCAGCGCUUCCGUCGCCGGGGGAUGGGGCCCGUGGGGACAGGCCUGAGCGUGGGUGACGGGGUGCUGCUCAGCCGGCAGGACAAGCAGCUGUUUGCUGUGGCCAAGGGCUUCGUGAUGGAUGUGGCUGGGGAUGGUGGUGUACUCUGCAAGCUGAACCAGAGUAUCUCUGGUUCUCCUGGUGAUGCCAUCUUCCGUUUGGACAAAGACGAGGGUGAGAAGGGCCUGCAUACCCACCUCGGCAACCUCUCCAAGCUCAUGGAGAAUUCCAUGGAAAGUGAGAGGCUUCGGGACAUCAUCAUCGACUUACGACCCCCCUGCUUCUUCGAGAGCCUGAGCAGCGUGCUACCCCGGGAUGCCAAGGACACAGUGGCCAGCAUCUUAAAAGGUCUGAACAAAACUCAGAAGCAGGCAAUGAAGAAGGUCCUUCUCUCUAAAGACUACACCGUCAUCGUUGGAAUGCCGGGCUCUGGAAAGACUACAACAAUUUGCUCUCUAGUACGCAUCCUCCAUGCCUGCGGCUUCAGCGUGCUUCUCACCAGCUAUACCCACUCAGCCGUGGACAACAUCCUGGUGAAAUUACUGCGCUUUCGGGUUGGCUUUCUGCGCCUGGGCCGUACCCACAAGGUGCACACCGAUGUGCAACCUUACACAGAGGAGUGGCGCUGCGCCUCGGGCAUCCGGACCCUUGCCGAGCUGGAGCAGCUGUAUAAUAGUGAGCUCGUGGUGGCAACAACCUGCAUGGGUGUUGGGCACCCCCUGUUUAGCCGGCGGCGUUUUGACUUUUGCAUUGUGGACGAGGCAUCGCAGAUCAGCCAGCUUGUGUGCCUGGGCCCGCUCUUCUAUGCGGAGCGCUUCGUGCUGGUGGGGGACCAGCAACAGCUAGCCCCCAUUGUAAGGAGCCGGCAGGCCAGAGAUCUGGGGAUGGACGAGAGCUUGCUGAAGCGCUUGGAGAGGCACAGCGACGCCGUGGUUGAGUUAAACCUGCAGUACAGGAUGAACAGUGAUAUCAUGUCUCUGAGCAACAUGCUGAUGUAUGGUGGCAAGCUGGAAUGUGGCUCGGAGCGUACUGGCAGAGCCAUGCUGGAGCUGCCGAUGUGGGGUGCCGUGGAGCAAGAACUAGAACUCAAUCUGAAUCGAUCUGAGUACCUCGCCUGGAUCCGGGCCGCCCUGGAGCCGCAGAAGCCAGUAUGCUUCCUGGACACAGCCAAGGUCCCUGCCCUCGAGACGGCGACUAAAGGCGGCAUCAGUAACACCAAUGAAGCCAUCUUGGUGCACGGCCUUGUUAGCUUGCUGCUAAAGGCGGGCUGCAGCGCUAAGGACAUCGGUGUCAUUGCCCCAUACCGGCAGCAGCUGGCUGCCAUCUCAGGCCUGUUGAGCAGCCCUGCCUUCAACGCUGUCGAGGUCAACACGGUGGACAAGUACCAGGGCCGCGACAAGAAUGUCAUCAUUGUCUCCUUCGUUCGGAGCAACACCCAGGGCCGUACUGGGGAGCUACUGAAGGACUGGAGGCGCCUGAACGUGGCUGUGACACGUGCCAAGCUCAAGCUGCUCCUGCUGGGCUCUGCACCCACACUCAAGCUCUUUGCCCCUCUGGAGAAACUGCUGGGCCACCUGGAGCGCACGGGUGGCAUCCUCUUGCUUCCCCCGGCUGCCCAUCAGGACCUGUCUAGGAUGUGCCUGUGAGCCCCACAAGGAAUCAGAUGUCCUUUAAAGGCAUCGUCUACAACAAGUUGGAUCGAUCAGGCCCAACCUCCUUUUUUUCUUUUUCUACCUCAGCACCAGUGUAAGCUGCAGUGGAUCACAGGUCAUCAUGGUACUGGUUUGAAACGAUGUUCAGUUACCACUGCUAGUGUUAUGACCUCAGAGCCCAGGUACUAAGCAUAAAAACUUUUGUUUUAUUGUUGCUGUUUUAUUGUUGCUGUUUAUCACAAGUCAGGUAAAAGUUAUUUCUUUUGUAUGUCGUAUUUCUUUUUGUCAGUUUUAUCACUAAUUCAAAAUAUUACUUGAAUUCAUUUCAGCAGAUGGUGACAAGUCCUCUCAAGCCC